AUGUGCCAGCAAGCUUCAUCUCCUCGUUGCAACUGUAAUUCAAAUUCAACCCAACAAGUUACAGAUAUUUUCGACCCUUUUUUGAUCCCCGAAAACGUCAAACAACCCCAAAAAGUUAUAACGAAAACCGUUGAUGAUGAUGAUCAGCAAUUCAACAAGGUCAAGGCUCACAGCAACAACAACAACAACAACAACAAGAAAACCCAUGUUUCAUUAGCUGUAAAUGAAGCCAUUUCGAUAGGGAGAAUCGCUAUCCCAAUGAUCCUCACGGGUCUCUUGUUGUAUUCCCGAUCAAUGAUCUCGAUGUUGUUCUUGGGUCACCUCGGUGAGCUUGCACUUGCAGGUGGUUCGUUAGCUGUCGGGUUCGCUAACAUCACAGGAUACUCGGUGUUAUCUGGAUUAGCCAUGGGAAUGGAACCCAUUUGUGGGCAAGCUUUUGGGGCUAAAAGACACACGCUUCUUGGCCUCUGUUUACAAAGAACUGUUCUUUUAUUGCUUCUCGUCUCUUUCCCGAUUGCGAUUCUGUGGCUCAACAUGAAAAGUAUCUUGCUUUUUUGUGGUCAAGAUGAAGAAAUCGCAACACAAGCACAGACGUAUCUGAUAUACUCACUUCCUGACCUUUUGGCUCAAUCUUUAUUACACCCAUUACGGAUUUACCUCCGUUCACAAUCGAUAACUCUACCUCUCACAUUCUGCGUCGCGAUUAGCAGUGUGUGGACGAAUUUUAACCUGGUGGCUUCAUUGAUGGUUUACAUACUCAUUUCCGGCGUCUAUAAGAAAACAUGGGGAGGUAUCUCGAGAGAAUGCUUAAAAGGUUGGAAAUCGCUGUUGAAUUUAGCUGUUCCGAGUUGUAUAUCGGUCUGUCUGGAAUGGUGGUGGUACGAAAUCAUGAUUUUGUUAUGUGGGCUGUUGGUGAAUCCGAGAGCAACCGUCGCUUCAAUGGGGAUUUUGAUUCAGACCACCGCAUUGAUCUACAUAUUCCCGUCGUCACUCAGUUUCAGUGUGUCAACUCGUGUUGGUAACGAGUUGGGUGCGGGUCGACCAGGGAAGGCCAAGUUGGCCGCCCUUGUUGGACUCUGCUGUAGCUUUUUCUUGGGUUUUUCUGCUCUGCUUUUCGCCGCCAGCGUGAGAAAUUUGUGGGCGACGAUGUUCACUCAAGAUAAAGAAAUCAUAGCAUUAACCUCCAUGGUUCUUCCGAUAAUCGGUCUUUGCGAGCUCGGAAACUGCCCGCAGACGACGGGGUGUGGUGUUUUGAGAGGCACGGCCCGGCCGAAGAUCGGAGCAAAUAUCAAUCUUGGGUGUUUUUACCUGGUGGGGAUGCCGGUGGCGGUGGUUUUGGGAUUCUUCAUGGGGUUCGAUUUCGAAGGUUUGUGGUUGGGUAUGUUGGCUGCGCAGAUGUCUUGCGUGGUGACGAUGUUGGUGGUUUUGGGGCGGACGGAUUGGGAGUUCGAAGCGGAGAGAGCGAAGGAGCUAACAGAAGGCGGCGGCGACGGCAACGGCAACGGCAACGGCGAUGUUGUUGUUGCUGACAACGAAGAAAUUAAGGGAGAAGAGUAUAAGUUAAUAAAAGCUGAAAAUAAGGAGGAAGAAUCUCUGAAUUUUGGGGCUGAUUUAGUUUAA